AUGUCGGGAGAAACUGAGAUAGAUGAUCCUGAGGUUUCGGAUGGCGCUUCGGAGAACGAUUAUAGUGAUCAUGAGCAAGAGCUUGAUGUUGUAGGAAAAGAGGACGAUAAUCAGGAAAUGGCGGAACAAAAAGUAAGACCGGACGGUGAUGAGAAUGGGAAUACUGUGGGAGCAGCAGCUACAGCUACAAAACCAAAGUUCGAUCCUAAAGAUCCGCUGAGACCUAGAAGAAAGAAGGCAAGAAGAGCUUGUUUUGCUUGUCAACGAGCUCAUUUAACUUGUGGUGACGAGCGUCCAUGUCAACGUUGUAUAAAACGAGGUUUAGCAGAUGCUUGCCAGGAUGGCGUCAGGAAGAAAGCAAAGUAUCUUCACGAUGCUCCACCGGAAGCUCUUAGACCUGUUUUAGGACCAACUUACAAUCAGCAAGUGAGCAACAACCGAGCAACAGCGGCAUCAACUCCAACGGAACCUUCAACUGGCAUGGGAAACUUUUUCACCCAGCCUGAUACAUCGCCAUCUUAUCCACUUUUUGCAGCUAAUCAACAAGGUCAAAUGCCACCGCCAUUGCAGAAUCGACUCUCUUUUGGAAGUAAUCAACCGUCGCCGAUAUCUCCAACUUUCCAUACAGUAGGAAAUCGACCGGCUGGAAUGCAAGGAAUUUCUCUGCCGCAAGUUUCAAAUGAUUCUCAUGCGGCAUUUGGUGGUGGUGCAUUUUUCGACCCUAGUAAUCCGGCACUGUUUAACUUUGACCUAGAAGGAUUGAAUUUUGGAAAUCACUAUGGAGCACUAGAAUUUGGAAUGCUCGGGCAUAUGGCAUCGGGCUCAGCAGAAACACCACCACAAGAUUCAUCUGCAGGGAUGCCACAGAAUGUUGGCGAUCUAGGCUAUAACAACAAUCCAGCAUUCAACAAUAACCCGCCCUUCAAUCAAAUCUAUUCCCACGAUGCGUUACCGGAUUUUGCUGUAGCACCACCAGGUGCUCACAGACCAGCAAAACGACAAGACACGAAAUCUGGACCAUCCGGAAAGCUUGGACCAUCAUCAGCUCUUGGAAAGAGGAAUAGGGAUCCUUCAUCUAUCUACGAUACAGUUCACGAACCGUAUUCCUACACUACUGGCUUUCAUAGCUUGACUGCUUUCAUCCAAAAGCGAUUCUCUCCAAACAAGACACUUCGAAUAGCAAAAUCGCUCGCUUCCAUUCGACCAUCCUUCAUCUCUUGUACAAAAACACUUAAUCGACAAGAUUUGGUCUUUAUGGAGAAGUGUUUUCAAAGGACCCUAUUCGAGUAUGAAGAUUUCAUGUUGAAUUGUUGCACGCCGACGCUAGUCUGUCGGAGGACUGGAGAAAUAGCCGCUGUCAAUAAAGAAUUUACCCUCUUAACUGGAUGGAGAAAAGAAGUCCUCCUAGGCAACGAACCGAAUCUCAAUAUUAAUACAGGAAAUAGCGGUGCCUCGUCUUCAGGAAGUUCAGGUCGAGGAAGUUUCACGACUCCUAGAAUGCGUCCCAUAAACCUUGUCGACUCGAACACGGCGUCAUUGAAUUCUACGAAGAUUUUGCAAGAUUAG